AUGCGCCCGGCGCUUCUGCGACUGUUGAAGAGGCCGUCCGCCGUCUCGAUCCUUGACACACUCACAGCAACACCGGUCGGAAUUGAGCAACUGGAGUCCAGGUACAGGUGUCUACGAUGUCAUUCGCGAAGCGCCAAACGAGAACCACUCGAGGAACCCGACAAUAACUCGACCCGGCAUCAGCUUGAAGAUUCAUGCCGAGGGAAACGGCCAUUCAGCUUUCCCAUCUACGACAUUGAGGCCUCGAACGAACCAAAUACCCUUGAGCCCACGCCUCUCUUCGAGAGUCAAACGAAUAAUAACGCGACACAAUGCCCUACCAAAUUUCUGUCUCUCCGACCGGACAAGCUUGAAUUCGAAUCGGACGUCGGACACCUCAACAACAUUGGAACGCGAUUAGUGGAUAACCCGGAACACCGAAAUAAUCUUGAUCUGUGGGAGGAGCUACUUCGAUACCGUCAGCGGCACUACGGCGACAAUGGCACGCUAGACAUAUGGGAAGGAUUGAGGGUCCGAGUGGAUGGUGUACGGCUUCCAGUUGCAGGACAGCAAGCGGACUUCUUUUGGCAGAGCUUUGUGGAUAUGGGAUUGAGGCGAGAAAUUUUUCUAAAGGAGGUUCUUGACUAUGCUGUCAUCAUACGGGAACAACAAGGCAGCCAAUGGCCACAGCUGUAUGAGCGCGUGGUGGGUGGACUUCUUGAGCAGGGCCUGACGAGGCGUGCGGUCGAAUGGCACAAGAAGCUUCAAAGUUCCCACCUAGCCAGCGCAAGUGAUGUGCUGAAAAUCCUUCCAUCCGCGAUCCGUUCUUCGUCUCUUCCGGCUGGCACGGAAUUUGCGACUUUGGCUGAUCUUGAGCGGUCAUCCUUGUCGCCGGGAUUGCAGGCAUUUCAAGCGAUAUGCUCCACAACCCCCGACCAUGGUUUUUAUGGCCCUGUCAUUGCGAUGCUUAUGCAGCAAGGCCACGGCGAGGCGGCGAUCUCAAUGCAUCAUUUCCUUGCUCAACGUCAGGAUCACCCACAGAGCCCCGACGAGAUACAGCCAUUGCUGGAGUAUGUUGAGAAAUUUGGGCUACGGAAAGAGUUCAAUCGGCUCCGUGGCUAUGUCAAAAAGCGAUUUGAUAGCGAAGCUUCGAUUGAUCAACCUGGCCCAAUAGAUACGGCACCGAAGCCCAAGGAGAAGGGGUCGCAAGACGAAAAGCCCUUCAAAGAUGACAUUGGUGCUAAGCUGUUUGCCACUCGUGCUCUCAAUUUCGAUAUGAUCGUUGGUGGCCUGAAGAUGCUCGGUGUAUCAGAGAUCGGCCACCGGACUUUGCGCGAACUAGCUACUCGAGCUCACGGCAACCAAGAUCUUCUGGACAAGCUCAAGGUACUUAAGCAGUCCGGCAUUUCUAUAGGAAACACCGUCUUCUCGCGAUUAGUUCAAAAACUUGCAACCCAAAACCGCGACAUCCUUCUCUCCGACAUCCUCCGCAGCGAUCAACAUCCUGACACUCUCGAAGACAAGCGUAUGCAAGAGUCAAUGCUGGUAUCUUACUACAUGGCCCGGGAUUGGAGAUUGUACAAUAUGACUCUAGCGGUGUUGACGGAACUAUACCCGGGUGCCCCAGACCUCUACGACAUCCAUUUUCGAAAGCAUAUCGCGGCCUGGGAAUUGAGCGCAGCAUCUAAGGUCGCCGACGAGCUAGCUCUCCAUCCUCACCCCCGGCGAAUGAACCAUCGUCCGCCACCAGGUCAACGCCUGUCUGCCGUCGAAGAAGUGAUCUUCAUCUUCAAGAUUCUAAAACGCGUGGUUCCCGCGGGAGGGUAUGUCAGUGCUGCAUUCUGGAUUGAGAUGCUUAAGCGUCUCGGCAUGGCAGAUGCAUGGGCAGACUGGGAUAAACUCCGAGAUUGCUGUCAGUGGCUCGUCCGUCAAUAUGCCGAAAACCCUGAGCAGAAGAAGCCUUGGGCGGAUUUUCCAUCCCCCAAAUCGGCUCUUGAUCCCAUCAAGCAGGCCAACGGUCGCGAUCGGCGGAUGCUCGACCUAGUCUUUAACCCACAAAUGCAAGCCGCCAUUGUCUCCUGGGGCUUCAUGUUCCGAGUAUUAGACACCACCGCAUCGAAAUUUGCCAUCGCCCCACCUAACUCCCAAACGGACGAAAAGCUCAUUCCAUGGGUACGGGGGCUUAUUCUACUCCGAGAGCUAGAACAAUCCGGCCUUCGUCUUGACAAACGAUUGAUCUCCCAGGCAGUUCGCCACCGGCUGGCUAUGCUCUACAGCCACCAUGUUCUAUCCGCGCGGCGUAUGAAUCGUAUGCUACGGCGGCGGAACCCAUAUCCUCUACAGCAAGUGUUGAACGAUGUGUUCCAGGCCUGGGGCGAUCGUUCUCUCUUUGAUGGGAUGGAACAGAACUUGGAACAGCUGGUGAAUCCGCCACGAGCAAGCCGAACGAAGCGACGCGCUCCGGGUAUCCGUUUGUCGCUUAAAGGACUGUGA